AUGUUGGACCAUCCUAAUAUUGUCAAUCUCAUCGAGGUGAUUGAUGACCCAAAUGCAGAUCACUUCUACAUGGUUCUGGAAUAUGUGGAUGGAAAAUGGGUGUGGGAAGGAUCCGGUCCUCCGGGUGGAAUUGGGGAAGAUACUGGUAGGAAGUACUUGCGGGAUAUCGUAUCUGGGCUUAUGUAUCUUCAUGCUCAUAAUAUAGUGCAUGGGGAUAUCAAGCCUGACAAUCUGUUGGUUACUCGCUCUGGUAAAGUGAAGAUAGGAGAUUUCAGCGUCAGCCAGGUGGUUGAGUUGUGCUGCAAGUUUGGUUCCAGUUGGCUUAAUCAUUGGAUUGCUGAACCUUGUCCAGAGUAUGGAACUGCAGUUUUAUCUACAUCCGAGCUUACUCUGAUUAGGUUGUUUGCUGAUCUUAGCUCUACAGAAGCAGUUGAGAAUGAUAAUGAUGAGCUUCGCAGAUCUCCUGGGACUCCUAUCGUCAACAACCCAUUAGUGCUCCCUGAUGAAAUGAACUCUCAGCUGAAGGACUUGCUUGAGGGACUUCUUUGCAAAGACCCAGCUCAGAGGAUGACACUGGAUGCGGUUUCAAAUCAUGCCUGGGUUAUUGGGGAUGAUGGGCCGAUUCCUCAGUAUUUGUGUUGGUGCAAGCGUAGUAGCUUGCAGAGGGAAGCAUCUGAUGGGAACAACAAUAUAACUCGCAUAAACCAUACUGAAUCAAAUGGUAGCGAUUUCGAUGCUAACGUGACUCUUACUGGCAUAUUGGUUUAA